GGCUGCAGCUACAGGUUGCUCACCUGUGUGCAGGAGCGCUCAGUUACAGAGCGCGCGAGCUCCGUGCAGCAGCAGCAGCGGUGGCGGCGGGCGCGCGCUGCCAUUCCAAUACAUUCAUCCCCCCCGGUGUGACGGAACGAGGAGCACGCGGCGACAACCUCCGAAUAUUAACCAUUAAAACUCCGCCCCCCUCCCCUCCACACAAAACAACCGACGGUCCUCUCAGGUCGUGUCUCCAAACACAACACCAGCCUCGGCGGGGAAAGACUCGCGCUCGGUAAAGUGCAGCCGUUAACGCCACGUCGACUAAAACAAACAAACUACAGCUGAAACAGGUGUUUGUCUCUGUCCCCUGCUCCGGAGUUUUAACGCCGUGAACCAUGCUGGACCCGUCCUCCAGCGAAGACACCGGCGGGGAGUCCGACCCAGAAGUUGUGCAGGAGACUCCGAGGAAACCGGCCGCGUCCUCCGCGGGAAAACGGGCUAACAACAGCCGGGCGGGGGGCCAGCAGCGACACUCCGCCGCACCUGGAGGCGCCCCCGGCAAAGGUGCCAAAGACGGAGACGCUACAGGUGAAGAGGAGGAAAGGAAGGAGCGAGAGCGGCUCCAGAAGGAGGAGGAGGAGAGGAAAAUCAAACUGCAGAUCUAUGUGUUCGUCCUGCGGUGCAUAGCCUACCCGUUCAACGCCAAGCAGCCCACAGACAUGGCCCGGCGGCAGCAAAAGGUGAACAAGCAGCAGCUACAGGCGGUGAAGGAGCGUUUUCUGGCCUUCCUCAAUGGAGAAACUCAGAUUGUGGCUGAUGAAGCUUUCUGCAACGCCGUGAGGAGCUACUACGAGGGCUUCCUGAAGAGCGAGCGAGUUUCCCGGAUGGUCCAGAGCGGGGGCUGCUCGGCCAACGACUUCCGGGAGGUCUUCAAGAAGAACAUUGAGCGGCGCAUUCGCAGCCUCCCGGAGAUCGACGGCCUGAGCAAAGAGACAGUGUUAAGCUCCUGGAUCGCCAAGUAUGACGCCAUCUACAGGGGGGAUGAGGACAUGCGGCGUCAGCCACAGAGGGCGCACCUGAGCGCCGUGUCCGAGCUCAUCCUCAGUAAGGAGCAGCUGUACGAGAUGUUCCAGCAGAUCCUCGGCAUCCGAAAGUUCGAGCACCAGCUGCUGUACAACGCCUGCCAGCUGGACAAUGUGGAUGAACAGGCAGCUCAGAUCCGCAGAGAGCUGGAUGGCAGGUUACAACUGGCUGAGAAGAUUGCCAGGGAGAGGAGAUACCCAAAGUUCAUCUCUGCUGACAUGGAGGCUCUGUAUGUAGAGGAGCUGCGUUCGUCCGUCAACCUACUGAUGGCAAACCUGGAGAGUCUACCUGUAUCCAAAGGAGGUCCAGACUUCAAACAGAAGCUCAAACGCUCCUCUAUGAACAACUCCUUCCUGGACAUGGGAGACGAGGGCGACAUCCUGUCCAAGUCUGACGUCGUGCUGUCCUUCACUCUGGAGAUUGUGAUCGUGGAGGUCCAGGGUCUGAAGUCUGUCGCUCCAAACCGGAUUGUUUACUGCACCAUGGAGGUGGAGGGAGGAGAGAAGCUGCAGACGGACCAAGCUGAAGCUGCCAGACCACAGUGGGGGACUCAGGGCGACUUCACCACGACUCACCCUCUGCCCUCAGUCAAAGUGAAGCUGUUCACAGAGAGCACCGGGGUCCUGGCUCUGGAGGACAAGGAACUGGGUCGGGUGGUCCUGAACCCGACCACCAAUGGACCGAAGCAGGCCGAGUUCCACCGCAUGGUCGUCCCCAAGAACAGUCAGGACAAUGAGCUGAAGAUCAAGCUGGCCGUCCGCAUGGACAAACCCCCCAACAUGAAGCACAGCGGGUACCUGUACACUCUGGGACAGAGAGUCUGGAAACGCUGGAAAAGAAGAUAUUUUGUUCUCGUUCAGGUGAGUCAGUACACGUUCGCCAUGUGCAGCUACAGGGAGAAGAAGGCCGAGCCUCAGGAGCUGAUGCAGCUGGAGGGCUACACGGUGGACUACUGCGACCCUCAGCCAGGUCUGCAGGGCGGCCGGGUGUUCUUUAACGCAGUGAAGGAGGGCGACCUGGUGAUGUUCGCCUGUGACGACGAGCAGGACCGGGUGCUCUGGGUCCAGGCCAUGUACCGGGCCACGGGACAGUCCUACAAACCUGUCCCACCGCUGCAGAACAAAACCACCAACUGCAGAGGAGGACUUCAGAAACCGGCGUCCCCCAUCAGUCUGGAUCCAUCUCAGAGGCAGGGGGUGGAGGAGCUGAUCUCUGCAGCUCCGUGUCGCUUUGACCACGCCGCCCUCUUCUCCAUCUUACAGAAACACACUCUGCAGCACCGCAUGAACGACUCCUUCUCCUGCCUGGGUUGGUUCAGUCCUGGUCAGGUGUUUGUCCUAGAUGAGUACUGCGCUCGAUAUGGUGUUCGAGGCUGCCACCGUCACCUGAGCUACCUGAAGGGUCUAAUGGAUUAUUUGGAGGACAGCGCACUGGUGGACCCCACGCUGCUGCACUACAGCUACGCCUUCUGCGUCUCCCACGUCCACGGAAACAGGCCUGACGGGAUGGGGACGGUGACGGUGGAGGAGAAGGAGCAGUUUGAGGCCGUCAGGAUUCGACUCAUGGCUCUGCUAGAGAACCAGAUCACACACUUCAGGUACUGCUUUCCCUUUGGACGACCAGAUGGGGCCCUGAAGGCAACGCUCUCCCUGCAGGAACGGGUGCUGAUGAAGGACAUCACCACACCAGUCCCUCCAGAGGACAUGAAGAAACUAGUGCAGAAGUGUCUGGAAAACGCAGCUCGGAUCAACUACGGCCAGCUGAUCGAAUACGCCCAGAUCAAGGUGGACGUUCAGGCAGCUCCAGAAAAGAGACUGGAGGACAUGAUGAGACUUGGAGAGCUCUGCAUCGAAGUCUUGCAGCAGAACGAAGAACAUCACUCUGAGGCUUUCUCGUGGUGGCCGGAGCUGAUGGCUGAACAUGCCGAGACAUUUCUGUCUCUGUACAGAGCCGACAUGGACGCCGCUCUGCAGGUCCAGCCUGUCGAUUCCUGGGACAGCUUCCCACUAUUCCAGCUCCUCAACAACUUUCUGCGAACUGACUCUCACCUGUGUAACGGGACGUUCCACAAACACCUGCAGGACCUGUUCGUCCCCCUGGUGGUGCGCUACAUCGACCUGAUGGAGUCGUCCAUCGCCCAGUCCAUCCACCGCGGUUUUGAGCAGGAGACCUGGCAGUCCGUCAAGUCGCUAACCAACAAUCUAGCGAGCGUUCCUCUUCCCAAAGUUCCCAGUCUUCCCCUAACGCUGCCGCAGAUGCCCAGUUUCUCAGCUCCUGCCUGGAUGGGACCGCUGUGUGAGAACACCCUGCAAGGAAUAAAUCUACCUGACAUCUUUAAUGGCUCAGCCACCUCAGAGGACUUGUUCUGGAAGCUGGACGCUCUGCAGAUGUUCGUACUGGACCUCCACUGGCCGGAGCCCGAGUUCGCCAAACAUCUGGAGCAGAGACUCAAACUGAUGGCCAGCGACAUGAUGGAGGCCUGCGUCAAGAGAACAAAAUCUGCAUUUGAUGCCAAAAUGCAGAAAGCAAGUAAGUCGACGGACUUCCGGGUGCCGCUGUCGGUCUGCACCAUGUUCAACGUGCUGAUGGACGCCAAGAAGCAGUGCUCCAAACUCUGUGUGCUGGAUACCGGUCAGGAGAUUGACAAACAAUGGCAACAGUACCACUCUAAAAUCGAUGUCCUGAUUGACGAGGCGUUCAAAGAAAUGAUUUCCUCCCUCGUCUCAAAGUUUGCUGCUGUUUUAGACGGCGUCCUCUCCAAACUCUCCAGAUACGAUGAAGGGACGUUCUUCUCUUCGAUCCUCUCUUUCACAGUGAAAGCAGCUGCCAAAUAUGUGGAAGUCCCUAAACCAGGGAUGGAUCUGGCCGACACCUACAUCACCUUCGUACGGCAGAACCAGGACAUCCUCCGAGACCGCGUCAACGAUGAGCUCUACAUCGAGGAGGUGUUUGACCAAUGGUAUACCGGCUCCAUGAAGGCAGUGUGUGUUUGGUUGACUGACAGACUGGACUUGCAGCUCCACAUGUACCAGCUGAAAACACUCAUCAAGAUUGUGAAGAAGACCUACCGUGACUUCAGGCUGCAGGGCGUCCUGGACGGCACACUGAACAACAAGAGCUAUGAGACCAUCUACAACCGGCUGACCGUGGAGGAAGCCACAGCGGCCGUCAAGGCAGGCGAUGGCCUGCAGGGUAUCAGCAUGAGGGACAGCGACGAAGAGGAUGACUAAACACAAACACACACAUCCUCCCUUCACACACCCUGUUACUACUUGACUGUCAUCCUCUCCAACAGAUCAGGGCCUUCUAUCACGGUCAUGAAAACAGUUCUCAUUAAAAACUGAGACUAAAGCUGAAACUACAGUCAAUAAAUAUACUUAAAUAAUUAUAUAUCUGAAAUAGACUGUUGCUCAACAAAACAGCUGUGGUUUUUCCAACAGCGGGACAAAUAGGCUAAAGUUAUGCUAAACUAACGUGCCAAGUUGUGGAUUAAUCCUCUACACUGAGAUCCACUUCAUUCAGUCUUAUUGAAGGAAAACUAAAACUAAAGCCUACAAAUAUGGAAAAAUAAGAUUAAGGAACAGGUGGAAAUUGAUUACUUAACACUUAACACACCAAAACACACAGUGCUGUAUUGUUAACAGCAGGAAUGUUUGCUAGCAAGCCAACAACUUUUGGCUCUCUCUUCAGAUUUUCUUCUCUCGGCCAUUGCAAAGUGUAAACUAAAACAAAAGUGAAACUACAGUCCAAGAGUAUGUCUGAGGAAAACAGAAUUAGAAAAACUGGCUACCAAAUAAAAUGGCCUCACUGUUCUCAACAGCAAGACAAAUUAUGCUAACGUGGGUGAGCUAGCACUUCUUGUUAAGGCAUUUUCUACCUAAGGCUACGUUACUCGGUCAUACUCAAACUUUAAGUAGAGGAAAUUGAAUAAAGACAGACAUUAAGGUGUAUCUCGACUUGAACUGAAUUGUGAGCUAACAUUAUAAUUAUAAUAGGAAUUUAGUGUUACAUUAGCUUAAUGGUUAACAUUAUCUCACUAGCUAACAGAGAACGAAGGCUAGGAGGAGAGCUGUUACUACAGAAAUAUAAUUAGGUCAUGAUGAAUAAAUUACAGUUACAGUUGUACUAAAUAUAAAUGUAGUCCAGCAGUUAUGUAGCUUUCUUGUUCAACCAUGAAGGUAAUUUCUUCAUUGCGUUUUUGAUUUAAAAAGUAAUGCAUGUAAGGGAAGAUUCAUACAGAUUAUCUUCACAAACUAAAGAAUAAGGUUGCCAUUGUUGUAUAUUUUUUCAUUGUCAACAAAUCCCAUGAAAAGACCAAAACCAACAAUGCUUUAGCCGCCUCUCAAUACUUUAAAACCCAGAUAAAAAUGUCAGACCCUUGUAGGCUUUUGAAGCACAGUCUUAUAUUUCCUCUAUAAACUGAAAAACCUGUGGAAGGUUCACUUUUUACGACUAAACAAGGUGACACUGUGAGUGUGGUUGCACGUGUGCAUUAGAGGUAAAAUGUCAUUCAUCAUGACUGAGGAUCUGAUUUAUUGAGGAGGAACGCUCAAGUAGUGACACUCCCAACUUUGACCCCACCUGUCACACGUUCAUCGCCCACACACUGCUGUACAUACGUGCUGAAACGUACAUGUACAUGAGUCAGAAUGUACGACAAAAAGGAAGUCAAGGUGCGGCGAGGCAUCCGAAAGACACUCUGGACGGUUGCUGAGACAAACCUCGUCCUCCAGCUCUCACCUGCAGGACAGGAAGCCCCGCCCACCUCCAUGUGCAGCCAUACUCUGAUUGAUGUCACUCUGUACAAUAGAGCUCAGCGAUUGCCGUCAGUGCAGUUCCUUCCUGUUUUGUUUUUGUCCACAAUCGUAGCUUACUGUCCAAAAGCCUCUGGCAGCUGUGAGAGUCCAAGUGAUCUUGCUGCCUUUUUGUCAUGUUCCUGACAGCAACAGCAGGAAAAUCCCCUAAAGACAUUUAUUUAUAUUUGACAGGAAGCUUGGAAUUGUAAGGUUCUUAUCCUACUGGUUUUAUCAGAGCUCAGUUAUCCACAUUCAUUUUCCUCACCAGUAAAACAACAGCAUUGGUCAUUUAACACAUAAAUCUUACAUUUUCCUGACAAGCAACCCCUUGUGGUUGUGCAAACAAUGACUGUUUUUUGAUUAGCAAUAGCAGAAGUAGCCUGAAAUUGUUACAGUGCGUGAAUUGGUCAACAAAGCAUCAGACCACUGUUCAUCCUUCAGCAAAUCUGGACCAGGAGUCUAAUGUUAGUUUCAUUUAACAGUGAUCACCAUGUUUCUCUAACUUUGAGUUCAGUAGCUUUACUUAGCUAGAAGACAGUCAGGAUCAGGAUUCAUUAGGAGUCAUUAGAAUUCAAGAAAACUUACUGUGGGACGGCUCAACUGUCUAACCAUUCUCUUAAAUUCAGACUGGAUUAAUCUAUGGCACACAAUUUAUGUCCAGUAACAAAGAUUCAGUGUUAGUACAUCUCUGGCGUAGCGUUGCAGAAAGUAAGGUUGAGGUGAUAAAUGGGUAUGCAGUAGGUUUAUUUUUGUUGGAAACUGGUUUCAGUCCCAUCACAAACCAAACAGUUGCUCUUAGCUUUUGUUAACCUUCACCAUGAUCUUUCCUAAACUCAGGCAAGUGUUUUAGUCACCGAAACUGAUCCAGACCUUAGAGGAUGAGGAGAACUGAGUGCACACAGUUAUAGAAGGUAGAGUAGGUCAAGUUGAAGCAGAAAAUGGGUCUGUGAACUAUGUUGGAUGUUUACAAUAGGGCAGUUUGAGUUAUAAUUUUACCAAUGGCCUUUGCUUUCUUUUUCUAAUAUGUUUGGCUAACCUGGAGGUUUGUUUUCAACCUAUCUGAUCGUGUGUUUCUUUAACAUUUUGGACUUUGCUGUUACAGUAACUGAUAGAAAUGACGCCCAAACCCACAAAAGCAAGAGCCAAAUUGUAAUAAACAAGAAUUAUCCCUUAACCACA